GACAUCGUUGCAGCUAUAUUCCAAAUGAGCAUAACCCUUCACCCACCUUCUAGUCACGACCAAGGAAGUUAAGUAACCGACUUCUUUGUGUUUAAAAGUUCCUGCUCUUUCUCUCCUGUUCUAUUGAUUACAGCGCACAGCGCGAGGCUCAGCGUGGCCACAAACGGCAAAGUCCGUACAAGGUAGCACCAACUAGCUAUGCGCACACUGCACGCCGGCCUCAACAGUGUCGUCUGCUAACACAUCAACAGCAGACGACAUGAUAAGUAAAACUGCAACAAGCGCGAAGUCGUGAUCCAUCCCAAACGAAAGCGAAGCAGGCAGUGUACUACUGCUAUACCUAGCGAGAUCGUUAUAUGAACAGGCACGCCUCCUACUACAGCAAGUCUCAACAGUGUGCUUCGUGGAAGCCUGUUCGGACGGUAGUAAUUCGUCCCUUCAACGUGAGAUUUGCUUAAUUAAUGGAAAAUACAUGUGAAUGGGGAAACCUCGACGACUGUAGAGACUAUGAAUUUUAUCAAUGCCGUUUUAGUCUGUCUUUCUGGAAUAUUGCAGAUUGCCAUCAAAGCACAGGAGGAAUCAGUGGCCACAACUGGAAGGGGCCGACUUACAGACGAACAGAGACUGUUGAAGAAAUUACGUGAAAACUACGAUUCUUCGGUCCGGCCAGUGUUUGAUGCUACCCACCCUGUCAAAAUUCAGCUUGGAAUAACGCUAACGCAAGUUCUGGAUGUCGACGAGAAGAAUCAAGUGCUGUCAAUCAAUGUAUGGUUGGAUCAGGAGUGGCGAGACGAGAAGCUUACAUGGAACACAACGGAUUAUGCCAACAUUACAGUACUGAGAGUUCCAUGUGAUCUCAUAUGGCUGCCAGACAUUGUACUGUACAACAGCGUGGACAACCAUAACAAGAGGUACAUGCGCAGUCUGGCAAUGGUUGGCAAUGACGGCAACGUGUUUUGGCCACCCAUCGUACGUUUUCGGUCAUCAUGUAAGAUGGACAUCACCUACUUCCCUUUCGAUGACCAGGUGUGCCGUCUGAAGAUGGGGUCUUGGGCGUACGAUGGAUUCCAGGUGGACGUGCUCAACAGAACAUCGGAGGUCGAUCUGUCCAACUUUGUGGACAAUGGAGAAUGGACUCUAGUGGAUACCAAGGUUGUUCGAAACGUUAUAUUUUACCCCUGUUGCGAUGAACCUUUUCCGGAUGUGACGUUCUAUAUCCAUUUAAGGAGGAGAGUGUUGUACUAUUUUUUCAACGUGAUAAUACCGUGUAUGUUACUGUCCAGCCUUUCUCUAACGGGUUUCCUCCUGCCCCCGGAUUCUGGGGAGAAGGUCACACUCGGGCUCACAGUACUCCUAGCGUUUUCAGUGUUUAUGCUGCUGGUGGCGGAAAAUAUGCCACCAACAUCGGAAUAUAUACCCCUUAUAGGUAUCUACCUGACCGUCAUAAUGGCUAUGAGUGCCAUUUCUGUUGCCUUGUCAGUAUUUGUACUCAACUGUCACCACAAGGGGGGCCUGCUCAACCGUCCUCCCGUCUGUAUCAAGUUCAUAGCAAACAUUGUGGGCAAGAUUCUCUGUAUGCGACUCAACUAUCUCGGCAGGCGUGAGAGGCCCAGUAGACCAAGUUUCCAAGAGGUUCACGAAGACCCGUCAGCAGAUGUAAGGACAGACUAUCAGAAUGAUCCUCAUAGGCUGGACCUGCACAUGAACGGCCUCGUGGAGUCGGGACAAAGACCGAGAGCAGGCGGUACACCGUCUAAUGGUGGUGUCCCAAGUUCUAAUCCUGUAGCUACUAUGGAGAAAGAAAUAGUUCGAUAUUUGAGACUUCUUAUGGAAGCAUAUGAAAGGGGCCGCGCAGAACGAGUGGCAGUGAAUGAAUGGCAAGAAAUUGCUCGAGUGAUGGAUAAGUUCUUCUUCUCCAUCUUCUUGACAAUAACCUUGGUGUCAACGUUUGUGCUUCUUAUCAUCAGCCCUAUGACUAAAACGACAGCCAUUAGUGACUACAGCCCGUGAUCUAUGAGUGGUGGGAUCAACUGAAUUUCGACAGUCGCCUUGCUCUUUUGAACAGAAUGAUGUACGACCAUUCAUGCCGAAACACCAAAAGAGGAUGGUUGGACAUGAAUGUAUUUCUGUUGCAUGAACCAGAUGAAUCAAGUUGAGAAAAGAUAUUAUAUUUAGUGUAUUCUACACAAUAUAGAAAGGAAUGGUAUGUUAAUUCUUAACUAAGAAUUUUGACAAACUCAUUGUACUAAUACAGACGGAAAACACAUACAUCUAUUAUCAUGUACAUUGUAUAUGAUAUAUUCUUGCUGAUUUAUUGUUUGUUAUUAUUCUUUCUGUGAUAUUUGAAAGUUGAUCGUUUUGAAGCAAAAAAAGGGUAAUUUUUGUGCUCAAACAAAUAGGCCAGGAAAUUGUUUUUACACGAAUUCGCAAAGGCAAUUGUAAUACUGCUUCAUAAGCUUCAUUCUUUUGCCUAUUCGUGUGUUAUACAAGAGAACUUAGUUCACAUGAUCCCCGUGAAGAUCCGGGUUAGAAUUGGUUCUCAGCCACCCGUGCUUGUCGUAAGAGGUGACAAAUGGGAUUGGGAGGCUUGCUGACUUGGUUGAUGCAUGUCAAUUGCGGAGACCGAUGUUCAUCAUCACUGGAUCGUCUAGCCGGCGUCAUAUAGCUGGAAUAUUGCUGAGGGCGUCGUUAAACAAGAAACAAACAAAACCACUGCUAGAACCUGUCCGGGCUAUUAUGUAUGUAAUGUGCUGGCGUAUUAUUGGUAUCAUCAGGUGAACACUUUAGAUUUAUGUAUGUUUUAUAUGUGCUCAAUAUGUGCUUUAAUUUGUUUCAUCUUGCCAAGAGACCGACCAUUUGAUAUUCUGAGGGGUUCUGGGAUUUUAUGGGGGAAAAAAUGUCCCCGAAAAUUCUUGAAAGAAAUAGUCGUAUUUCAGACUGUUGAAAGAAAUUUGUUUGCCACAAAAAAUACAUUGUUGUUUUUCUAACAAAACAUUUCAGGCUCAUUGUUUAGAAUGUCAAAUAGUCGGUCCCUUAUUUCUCACCAGGAGGAUGAGACGGGACACCAGUUCAUAAAUGUACCUUUUGUAUUCUACUAAACUGUUUUGUUAAUAUGGCUUUGCUUGGUAUUAUUUGUCCAAGGGUAUUGGUAUCAUAACAUCUGCACGAUCAUGUAUCCAUGACUGUACUAUUAUUCUGGUAUGACGUCUUGUACUAAAACAUUGUUUCUCAUGCAAAGCUAUUUGCUUGUAUCACACAGGCUUCAAUGAAUAACAGCAUUAAUCAUUCAGCAUAACACAUGUUUUAUAUAAACGCUCAUUAUUUACACAUGGGUAGAUAUGUCAUUAAUAGAAAGUGAAAUAAAUGUAUAUAUUUUGACAAAGAUAA